GAGGCGGGCAGGAAAGGGGGGGAGAGUAGGUGCUUCUCCAGCGGAGCGGAGGUGGCCUGAGCGGAGUCGUCCGAGCCAUGUCAGCGGGGAGCGCGGGGCAGCGCGAGACGGGGGCUUCGGGAGGGCGUCGCAGCAAAUGGGAUCAACCUGGGCCAUCUCCGGCACUCUUCCUUCUUCCUGCUACGACCCCGGUGGCCAGCCGCCCCAUCCAAGGCAGCGGAGAUGGAGUGUCUGGGAUGUCGGGGUCUGAGGGCUCUGCAGCCCCCUUGGGAGCCCUGGAUGCAGCCGCCGCGGUGGCAGCGAAGAUCAAUGCCAUGUUAAUGGCCAAAGGGAAGCUGAAACCGUCAACCAAUUCGACGGACAAGCUCCACGCUCCAGGGAAAGGCCCAGCCGCAAACAAAAGCAAAGAUGACCUCGUUGUAGCAGAAGUGGAAAUCAAUGAUGUGCCUCUGACGUGCAGAAACCUCUUGACCAGAGGACAAACUCAGGAUGAGAUCAGCAGGUUGAGCGGUGCAGCAGUCUCUACUCGUGGCAGAUACAUGACUACAGAAGAAAAAGCAAAAAUUGGACCUGGAGACCGUCCGCUGUACUUGCACGUCCAGGGUCAGACGCGAGAGCUGGUGGACAGAGCCGUCAAUCGAAUUAAAGAGAUCAUCACGAACGGUGUGGUAAAAGCUGCCACCGGAUCCAGCCCCACUUUCAACGGUGCCACCGUUACCGUCUACCACCAGCCUGCCCCCAUCGCUCAGCUGCCCCCAAACGUGGGACAGAAGCCUCCGUUCCAGUCCGGAGGGAUGCAUUAUGUCCAGGACAAAUUAUUUGUGGGCCUGGAACACGCUGUGCCCACCUUCAACGUCAAGGAGAAGGUCGAAGGCCCCGGCUGCUCUUACUUGCAGCACAUCCAGAUUGAGACUGGUGCCAAGGUUUUCCUGCGUGGGAAAGGAUCUGGGUGCAUUGAGCCUGCCUCAGGCCGGGAAGCCUUCGAACCAAUGUACAUUUACAUCAGCCACCCAAAACCAGAAGGCCUCGCAGCUGCAAAAAAGCUAUGUGAAAACCUACUGCAAACCGUUCAUGCCGAAUACUCACGAUUCGUGAACCAAAUAACCACGGCAGUGCCCUUAACAGGAUUUGCACAGCCCGCAGCUAUCACCACCGUCCCCCCUCAGCCACCGUAUUACCCACCAAACGGCUUCCAGGCAGGCUACCCCGUGGUUCCACCGCCUCAGCAGCCCGUUCAGCCCCCCUACGGCGUGCCGGGCAUCGUGCCUCCCGCCGUUCCCUUGGCGCCGGGUGUGCUGGCGCUGCCCACUGGAGUUCCACCCGUGCCCACCCAGUACCCGAUCACACAGGUGCAGCCUCCGGCAAGCACUGGCCAGACUCCUCUGAGCACCCCCUUCCUUCCGGCUGCCCCCGUGAAAACAACCUUGCCAGCCGGCGCGCAGCCUCAAGUUCAGCCGCAGCCCCAGCCCCAGCCAGGCCAAAAGAGGCGUUUCACCGAAGAGCUGCCUGACGAGCGGGAAUCCGGACUGCUGGGAUACCAGCAUGGACCCAUUCAUAUGACUAAUUUAGGUACAGGCUUCUCCGGUCAGACCGAGAUGGACGGGGGAGGAUCGAAGCCAGCGGGUUCCUCAGGAAAGGAGAGAGAGAGGGACAGGCAGCUGAUGCCUCCACCAGCUUUGCCAGUGUCGGGGAUGAAGGCGGAUCCCGAAGACAGAAACGGUUCCUUAGUGGGCGGCAAUGAUCACACAGCAAAGAAGCUGAAAACCGGCGAGAAAGGGUUCGGCCUGGUGGCUUAUGCCGGCGACUCCUCGGACGAAGAGGAGGACCACGGUGGCCACAAAAAUGCAAGUAGUUUUUCACAGACAUGGAACUUGGGGUACCAGUAUCCGUCGUCGCAGCAACGCGCCAAGCAACAGAUGCCCUUUUGGAUGGCGCCGUAGCAGCCCCUCGGCAACGCCCGCUCCCCCGUCGUUUCCCUCAAGCAAUAACGCAUGUAUACGAUGGAAAGCAAAAGACACUCUCUCUGCAAAAACGUACAUCUGCCCCACCGACACUAUUGCACAAGCUUUUCCAGAGACGCAGUAUUCCCUUCGCGCCCCUCCCCACCAGGUUGGGUGGCUCCGUUUUAUUUUUUUUAUUUGGUAUUUCUGCGGUGGACUCAUCUGUCAAGCAACGUUAAAUCACAGGCUUCUCGGAACACAGUCGCUAACACCGGCGGUAGCAUUUACGCCGUCGGAGAGCAUCCGUGGAUUCCUCAUCCCUCCACCACCACUGAACACAUACCGCCGUUCUUGGUUUUUGGAAGCGGGGGCAGCUGAGCCGGACCGAUUGUAUCAUACUUGUUCCUCACCCAACAUGACCCCUCUUCCGUUCUGCUUGUUUGUUUAUUUCCCCAUUUUUAUAAUUGGAUUUUCCCUGCGACGCUUGGACUUCAGGCGAGAGCGGGAAUUGCCCGGCUGAAGAUCCACUCCCCUUGCUAUUUUUAAAACGGAAAUGUUAGUGCAGUCUCGCUUACUGUAACUAGCUCCACACGGAAUUUUGUGGGCAAACUUUUGUUGUCCCCCUCACCCCUUUCUCCCAUACCGUUUCCCCAAGUUUGAGAACAAGGUGUGACUUCACAUGGGAGACUUAAGCAUUGGCUCUCGAAUCGUCCUCUUGAAUUUUCUCAGCCUGCAUCAUCUGUAUCUCCAAGCUGCGGUCGUGGACUUAACCUUCCAUAGCGACGGCAUCCUCUGUUCCAGAGCCCAGCCAAACAUCGCUUUUGUGGCCGAAAGGGAUGCUGCAUGCUUGGAUCUCGGAGGCCCUGGCGAAACGUUGUUGGGGCUGAAAGAAAAGCCCCCGUUGGGAUUGUUUUUAUAGUGACUCAAAACCACGAUGGGUCUCCUCCAGGCCUGGCCAGACUGCUGCCGUGUGAACUUUUCCGUGUGGCAGAGGGGGUGUGGUUGAAACAGAAUUUUGCAGUCUGUGUUCAAAAGGAAAAAAAAAUAAAAUAAAAACCUCAAUGUA